AUGCUCCUCCUGGUCCUCACUGCCUGCGUUGGCGCGGUGGUGUACAAGCUUUGGAAGAACCGGCAGAGCCUACGGAAGCUCCGCCCCAAGGCAAUGCCUGGGGACGGGAAAGGAGAGUCUCAGCGAGCCGCCGAAGAGAAAGGCGGCACGAAAGCGCCCUCCAUGGUGGUCCCGGAGAUGCCGGACCAGCAGGCUGAGGACCUGGACCAGAGCCACGCAAGGUUGGAAGUGAAGGUCGUGCCGGCUGCCAUGGAAGUGAGCAAGACGGCGGCCACGGUGUACCUGGACUUGGUUGACCAGCUCUUGGAGGUUUUCGCAUCCCAUCGCUGGGGCCAGGAUUCUCCCCAGCGCCUGGAGCGUCAGCUGGCAGAACGGCGGGUGCAGUGGCGCACAGCCUCCAUGUGCCUUGUGAGCAUGGAGGAGCAUCCCAAACUCCAGCACUGCGCGGAGCAGGCGCAGGUUUUGCUCCUCCAAGAGGGCCCUCGGAGCAGCGCGCCGGCCUUGCGCCGGGCAUUGGAGGCUCUUUGGACCCAAGCAGACCGGCCCACGCCGGCCGAGGAGACCGUGGAGUGGACCAGGUGUCGGCUGGGUGAGCAGCUCCUCUUGGACUUGGGGAAUGCGCGGCAAGAAGGUGCACCAGGCGAGCGUGAAGGUCUGUCCGAGGCCCUCUGGGGCAUCACGGAGGCGUGGUGCCGCAAUUCUGCACAGGAGCUGGUUGCUGAACCACUGGCUACAGAUUCGCUCCUGCAGGAGAUGUCCUCCCAGGCUCGGGGAAGUUUGACAGCUACGGGCCCGAACCCCAAGUACUGUAAGCAAACUUAA